UGCCGCCGCACCGCUUCGCGCCGCUGAAGAAGGCGUGGCUGGAGAUCUACACCCCCGUCUACGAGCACAUGAAGGUCGACAUCCGCAUGAACCUCAAGGCAAAAAGGGUCGAGCUGAAGACGAGGCAUGAUACACCAGAUGUGAGCAACCUUCAGAAGUGCGCGGACUUCGUGCAUGCUUUUAUGCUUGGAUUUGACAUUGCCGAUGCCGUUGCCUUGCUUCGUCUUGAUGACCUGUAUGUGGACUCCUUUGAGAUCAAGGAUGUGAAGACACUCAGAGGGGAGCAUCUGUCGCGUGCCAUUGGGCGCCUGUCAGGGAAAGGAGGCAAGACCAAGUAUGCCAUCGAGAACUCUACGAGGACUCGCAUAGUUAUCGCUGAUACGAAGAUCCACAUACUCGGAUCCUUUGUUAACAUCAAGGUUGCCAGGGAUUCACUCUGUAGUCUUAUCUUAGGUUCUCCUGCCGGCAAGGUCUAUUCUAAGCUUAGGGCUGUAUCUGCUAGGUUGGCAGAAAGGUAUUAGUUGAGUCUGGGUCACAUUAUAUAGCUGCAGUUUUGGCCUUGUAAGGUGUUGUAUCCGCUGAUUUGUGUCCCUGUGCUAUGCAUUGUCUUGAUACGAAGAACAACUUGGAAGUGCCGAGAGAUCUGUGGUGAUAUUCCUUGUGUUCUGUUCUCGGCUUUUUCUUGAGAAAAUGCUGUUCUGAUACACGUUACCAUAUGUUUGCUUCGACUACUAUUUAUAUAUGCCAAAUACUGUUGUGUAA